UGUAUCCAGCGCUGUCCGCCCCCAGCAUUAACCCAGCUAUUUCGAGAAACUUCCAGCCCACUCUCCCACGUCACUUGAAGGAAUCUUUAAAGCGUCCGUCGCCGAUAUUAAAUGUCUCAGUGCUGGGCAGCCAGAAGCAUGAACGGCAUGAAGACGCAGUCGCCAACAACGACGAUGGCGAAUAACGACAACGACCCCUUGCCCCUCGGUUGGGAAGUCAAAAUUGACCCCCAGACCGGCUGGCCCUUCUUCGUGGAUCACAACAGCCGCACCACAACCUGGAACGACCCCAGACACGACACGAAUAAGGUUAGGGAAAUGUCUCCAAAUGGACCCAGCACACCACCAGAACCAAGCCCUCAGGAGACGCAGAAGACCUUUGUAAAAGAGAUGAAGCACCCCAUCCUUCGGCCUGGUUAUGUCCCAAUCCCAGUCUUCCAUGAAGGUGCUGAUCUCAAACAGCAACAGCACCCGUGCUAUUCGUACAUCCACCCAACCACCGCGCAGAAUAUCAGGACUGAGGGGCGGAUACCUUCGCCGACACCGGGGUUUCAUUGUAGGCCUAGAUCGCCUCUCCAUGGACCCGCUGACAGCUGCUCUACGGGGCGUGGAAAAUCCAGCUCUCCUGUAUCGCAAACAGCGGAGGUUUAUGCUGUCCCGCAUAACCAUGUCCCACGGCCCAGCAGCACUGGUCUCCAAGCAGGUUACAUCCCCAUACCAGUAAUCCAUGAGGGUGGAGGAGGCCAAACACAAGCACAGCCUCAGUUAAAUCAACGCAUCCCCUAUGCAGAGCAUCAGCAACCCUUCCACCACCGCCUUCAGCAAGACGAAUGGCCCGCCUAUUCUUCAGCAAUGCAGCCACCUCGAGAAAGGGCCUCUCCCGUAUUGUAUCCCCAGCAACGAGACAUCGCUGCUAUUCACCUACCACAUCAUAUCAGAAGUCAGUCACCUGUUGUAACACAGGUUCUGGGUGAAAGACCGCAGCAUGUCAUCAUGAGAGAGCCACCUCAGAGAGUGGAGCAGGAACAAGUGAGCCCUCCGCAAAAAACAGAAAAUAUCCAGGUUACACAGCCUUUACGCACAGAUGGCGAUGGCCAAAAGGCUCCUUUUCAACAGCCUCAGCAACAUCAACACUUCCAACAACCUCCACCUCAGCAACAUCAACACUUCCAACAACCUCCACCUCAACAACCACAGCAGUCGGCGCAGGCAUCGCCUCGGGCAUCGCCUCGGGCAUCGCCUCAAGCAUCGCCGCAGUCCGAGCAAUUACCACAACACUUCCCUGAGCCCCAUCAAGAAGAGCAAAACACCGCCGACGUCAUUUUCCAAACGCCGUCGGAACCAGAAGCGCAUGACGCAGCGGCGGCCGUUGCCACAGAAGUCCCACCUGUAAAAGUAGAGGCCGAACAACCGCCCCAGUGUCCCGUCCACCCAGGUUUGGCCAAAGUACAGAAGAUAGUUGAGCGGGUUGCUAAUCUAGAAGAGGAGGUGAAAAGCUUUGAAGGAAAAAAGAAUGAUAAGAAAUAUUUGUUACUGGAGGAACUGCUGACCAAAGAGCUCUUAGCGUUAGACUCCGUCGAUCCAGAAGGUCGCGCGGACGUACGGCAGGCGAGAAGAGAUGGAGUCCGUCGCGUGCAGACCAUACUGGAGGCACUGGAGCAACUGGAGGAGGCACCCACGAGGCCUGCCUUGGCGGCGGGAGACAGCCCGGCACCCAAAGGAGAGCCCAGCAUGAUCACCAAGGAGAAUGUUGAGAUGGCAAAGGAGAUAUCCUAACAAGAAGUGUUUGUUUGUUUGUUUGCUCGUCAACAAAAUCACACUCUGCUCAGUAUUUGUGAAAGUUGCAUGCGUUCAUUAACAGUGUUGGUAUUUCUUGCCAUUCGCCACGUAAUCGACGGGAGCUCUGUGCUGUCAUGUUUUUUGAGAUGACAUCGUUGCCUUCAGUAUUGUGCCAGUGUUUUCAUAAUAAGACACCAGUCAAGAGCGAGGUGUUGACAAAGUCAAAUUUGAUGAAGAGGCCUUUAUCGUACAAUAAAAAAACAAAAGUAUUUUCUUAAUGAAUGUUAUGUCUGUAUUCAAUAUCGUAUGAAGCUUUUCUCAAUCCAGUCGGCACAUUUGUUUGUAAACAGUGCAUGAAGAGUGCAAACAUUUGGGGCUUUGGAGCUAAACUCGCUGCAAAAUGUUGUCAACACAAAAGCAUUUCCCCUUUAUUACAAUGUUGGAGUUGCUAUGUGGCAUAAAAAAAAAUUGAGUUUGUCAUUUACGAUGCUGCUUUUUGGUACCUGAGUUAUUUUUGUCAUCUUUGCACUUCAUCAUGGAAAUGUAUCACACUGAAAUGAUCAGCAUCAAUUUUGAAAUAUUUGUUUCACCAAU